AUGAUGUCCUCCUCAACAGCAGAGAAGGCGAGAACGACUCUCGCAUCCCUGAACUUCAUCGCUCGGAUCGUCUACGGCAUCCGAUCAUCCGCGCCCCUGGAGACGUUGACGAAGAUCAUACUCGUCAACGCUAUCGCCCGAAACGUUCGCGGCAGCAUAACGGCACCGGCGAUGCACGAAAGCCGUGAAAGCGUGAGCAGCAGCGAGGUCGAUGGGGACGAUAGCGGCUACGAAGCCGAUGCGGAUGAGCCAAAGGAGGAUUCUAAAGGGGCGGGAGAGGCAGACAACGCCGAGGAGCCGGACAGCAGCACUGACGGGACGGAUACGGAUACGGAUACAAGCCAUAACUGGUAUGUCUCCGAUGCUGAAUACCUCGCAUCCUGCCUCGAAUCCCUUGAUUACGAACGCGAAGGCGAGUACCAAGAUGGGGACGACGUCGUCGAUUACAAGUACGAUAGUUAG